UGUGUGUUUUUUUUUGUUUGCAUCGUAUUCCCACUAUUCUGCCUGUUUGAAUAGUGAGUGUGUAGUUGCAACUUGAUAGCGGCGCUGCGGUGUUUUGAAGUUUUGUGUGGUGGAUUGGUUGUUCGUUUGUACUCUAACGUCAAGUAAAUGUCAAAAGCUGAAUACGGAAUCUUUGUUCAUCGCACCGAAAAUCUUCCCAUUUUUAUCAUUUAUACUCGCAUAAUAUAAUUUACACACGUAAACGAUGCCUUUGCAAAACUUGAAUCCGAUCGAACCGAUGCAGGUGGAUGCGCCGGCUGAAGAUAAUGAAAACAACGAAGAAGAGACAUAUUCCAUUGAAAAUCCGUCGAUUGAUUUGGAUUUCUAUGCAAAUUCGUACACGGGUCUUGCGAAAUUGCAUCGAUUGAUAUUCAUCGCCGAUCACUGUCCAUCGCUACGCCUGGAAGCACUGAAAAUGGCUAUAAACUAUGUCAUGUCUACAUAUAAUGUAACACUCUACCAGCAUUUGCAUCGAAAGGUUGCACAAACAAAUGGUGGCCAAUUGCCGGACGUUGCGGCUGCUGCCGUUGCAGCUGGUGGUAGUAUGCAGUCAACUUCACAGGACAUACCGGCAUUUGAUCCGUCGUGGAUUGAAGCGCGGGCCAAAAAAGGUGCACACAAACUAGAAAAAUUGGACAAUGAUUUGAAGAAUUACCGAAUGAACUCGAUCAAAGAGAGCAUUCGCCGUGGUCAUGACGAUUUAGGUGAUCACUAUUUGAAUUGUGGUGAUUUAUCAAAUGCACUCAAAUGUUACUCUCGCGCCCGUGACUAUUGCACCAGCGGCAAACAUGUGGUCAACAUGUGCCUGAAUGUAAUCAAAGUGUCGAUUUACUUGCAAAAUUGGUCGCACGUUCAGAGCUACGUGUCAAAAGCUGAAAGUACACCGGACUUUUCAGAAGAUGCGAAUCUGUCUAUUGUGACCCGUCUCAAAUGCGCCGCUGGCUUAGCAUAUUUGGCCAAGAAGAAUUACAAAAAUGCGGCCAAAUCAUUUUUACAGGCUAACUUCGAUCACUGCGAUUUUCCCGAAAUUAUUUCGCCAAACAAUGUGGCGAUGUACGGUGGUUUGUGUGCCCUAGCCACAUACGAUCGCCAAGAGGUGCAAAAGAACGUGAUAUCAAGCAGUUCAUUCAAAUUGUUCUUGGAAUUGGAGCCACAAUUGCGCGACAUUAUCUUCAAGUUUUACGAAUCGAAGUAUGCAUCGUGCCUAAAACUACUUGACGAAAUCAAGGACAAUCUCAUGCUGGAUAUGUAUUUGGCACCGCACAUCUCCGGAUUGUACACACAAAUUCGCAAUCGUGCGCUCAUCCAAUACUUUAGCCCAUAUUUGUCGGCUGACAUGGUUAAAAUGGCAUCGGCCUUCAAUCGUAGCGUGCCCGAAUUGGAAAACGAAGUUAUGCAAUUGAUUCUGGAGGGGCAAAUUCAAGCUCGCAUCGAUUCGCACAACAAAAUCUUACACGCCAAAGACACAGAUCAACGCAGUUGCACCUUCGAAAAGGCCAUAUCGGUGGCUAAGAAAUACCGUCGACGCACCAAAAUGUUGAUUCUUCGCGCUGCCGUGCUAAAAAAUCAAAUUCAUGUCAAGAAUCAACCACGUGAAAAUGUCGGAGGCGGACAGAACAGCGGCAACAAUCAUACUACCGAAUUGUGCGCAGCAACGGGUUCCGGAUCACAAAAUCAAUUCCGCAAUUAGAAACAAAAACAUUGCGUCACUAAUUUGCAGAUGGGCAAUCCAAUCCGUUGCCAAUCCAUCAAAAAUGAAACGAUGAGGAAAAAAAAAUUUAGCCGAUAAACCAAUUUACAAUGUCAUUUGACACAGAAAUCCAAUCUAAUGUGAAACAUUGAUUUGAUUAUUUAAAAAAAAAAAACAAAAUAAUUUCUGUAACAAAAACCAAUUAAAUUGCCACGAAGCAUUUCAAAUAAAAUAAAAACAAAAAACAGAAAGAAAUCAUAACAAUAAUGAAAAAUAAACGAAAAUGUCAGUACAGAAUAAUAAAAAAAACAAAUGAAUCUAAAAGCUAUGAAAGCUGGAGAAAGGAUUAA